UUGGAGAUCCAAACUCGAUCAAAAAUCAUACUAACUUUCUUCUCAGUUCUCAUCUCAUGGCUAUGCAAUCAUCCUUAUCUUCCUAUGGAUUCACCUACGAUGUGUUUCUCAGUUUCCGAGGGAAAGAUACUCGUUAUGGUUUUACCGGCAAUCUCUAUAAUGCCCUUCGGGACAAGGGAAUUCACACCUUCAUCGAUGACAAGGGACUCCGGAGAGGGGACAAAAUCACGUUGGCCCUUGAGAAAGCAAUUCAAGAGUCCAGAAUUUUUAUCAUUGUGCUUUCUCAAAACUAUGCAUCUUCCUCCUUUUGCUUAAACGAACUAGCUUACAUCCUUAAGCUCGUUAAGGGUAAAGGUUUGUUGGUUUUGCCUGUCUUUUACUACGUGGAUCCUUCUGAUGCACGACACCACAGAGGUAGUUUUGGAGAAGCUUUGGCUAAUUAUGAGAAGAAGUUCAACGUUAAUAAGGGUUUUCAGCAUAACACAAAGAAGUUGGAGGAAUGGAAGAUGGCUAUGCAUCAGGCAGCUAACUUGUCUGGCUAUCAUUUCAAACAGGGGGUCAAGUAUGAAUUUGAGUUUAUUAAGGAAAUAGUUGAAUUGGUCUCUAGCAAGAUUAAUCGUGCUCCUUUACAUGUGGCGGAUUAUCCAGUUGGACUAGAGUCACAAGUGCUAAGAGUAAAGUUGCUUUUGGACAUUGGAUCUGAUGAUGUCGUCCACAUGGUAGGGAUCCAUGGGCUUGGUGGCGUUGGUAAAACCACACUCGCUGUUGCAGUUUGUAAUUCUAUUGCUGACCAUUUUGAAGCUUUAUGCUUUCUUGAAAAUGUGAGAGAAACUGCAGGAAAACACGGUUUACAACAUGUCCAAAGCAACCUUCUUUCUGAAGUAGUUGGAGAGAAGGAGAUUAAGUUAACGAGUGUGAAACAAGGAAUUUCCAUAAUACAACAUAGGCUCCAGCAAAAGAAGGUUCUUUUGAUUGUAGAUGAUGUUGAUAAAAUGGAACAGUUACAUGCGAUUGUUGGAAGAUCUGAUUGGUUUGGUCAUGGAAGUAGAAUCAUCGUCACAACUCGAGACAAACAGUUACUAGCAUGUCACGGUGUUAAAAGAACAUAUGAGUUGAAAGAGUUGAAUAAAGAACAUGCUUUACAAUUACUUUGUUGGAAAGCUUUUAAGUUGGAAUAUUUUGACCCAUGUUACCAUGAUGUCUUGAAUCGAGCAAUAACUUAUGUUUCUGGCCUUCCUCUGGCUUUAGAAGUUAUAGGUUCCAACUUAUUUGGAAAAAGUAUUGAACAAUGGGAAUGUGCAUUGAAUCGGUAUGAAAGAAUUCCUAAUAAAGAGAUUCAAGAGAUACUUAGAGUAAGUUAUGAUGCUUUGGACGAAGAUGAACAAAGUGUUUUUCUUGACAUUGCUUGUUGCUACAAAGAAUAUGAAUUAGCAGAGGUUGAAGAUAUACUUCAUGCUCAUUAUGACCAUUGCAUGAAACAUCAAAUCGGAGUGUUGGUUCAAAAAUCUCUUAUAAAGAUUACUUUUGAUGGAAAGGUGACACUACACGACUUGAUAGAGGACAUGGGUAAAGAAAUUGUUCGGCAAGAAUCACCAAAAGAGCCUGGGAAGCGUAGCAGGUUAUGGUUCUCUAAGGAUAUAGUUGAAGUUUUACAAGAAAAUAAGGGAACUAGUCAGACUGAAAUCAUAUUUAUGGAUUUCUCCUUAUUUGAGAAAGUAGAGUGGGACGGAUAUGCCUUCAAACGGAUGAAAAAUCUCAAAACACUUAUUAUUAGAAGUGGUCAUUUUUCCAAAGGUCCCAAGCAUCUUCCUAACAUUUUAAGAGUAUUGGAGUGGUGGAGAUAUCCUUCACAGGAUUUGCCGUUUGAUUUUCACCCAAAAAAACUUGUGAUAUGCAAAUUACCCAAGAGUAGCUUUUCAUCACUCGAGUUGGCUGCCAUAUUAUUGAAAAAGAUGUUCGUGAAUUUAACAAGUUUAAAUUUUGACAAGUGUCAGUGUUUAACUCAGAUACCAGAUUUAUCCUGUCUCCCACAAUUAGAAAAAUUGUCAUUUCAGCUGUGUCAAAAUUUGUUUACAGUUCACUAUUCGGUUGGUUUCUUGGAAAAACUUAAAAUCUUGAAUGGUCUUGGUUGCAUCAAGCUUAAGAGUUUUCCACCCAUCAAGUUGACCUCUCUUGAACAACUUGAAUUGUCUUUUUGUAUCGGUCUCAAGAGAUUUCCUGAAAUAUUAGGAAAGAUGGAAAACAUAACACCAAAUGGAUUGGAAGAAACUCGCAUAAAAAAGAUUUCCCUUUCAUUUAAAAAUCUUACUCAGCUUCAGCAGUUGUAUGUGAUGCGAGGAGUGAGUGCAAAAAGAGUGAGCUCAACCACAGUGUUCUCAAACGUUCAACGUCUUCGUCUCCGAAGUUGCAACUUAUCAGAUGAUUUUUUUCCAACAGUUAUCCCAUGGUUUGCCAACGUGAAAGAGUUAGACCUAUCAUCGAAUAAUUUCACAGUUAUUCCUGAAUGCAUCAAACAAUGCAACUUUUUGACUAGGCUUUAUUUGGAUAAUUGUGAGCGUCUUCAAGAAAUUAGAGGGAUUCCUCCAAACUUGAAACAUUUCUCUGCAAUAAAAUGCCUAUCCUUGACUUCCUCAUGUAGAAGCAUGUUCCUGAGUCAGGAACUGCAUGAAGCUGGGAACACAGUGUUUUAUUUACCAGGAGCUAAGAUUCCAGAGUGGUUUGAGUGUCAAAGAAAGGGACCAUCAAUUUCUUUUUGGUUCCGUAACAAAUUCCCAGCCAUAGCUAUUUGUCUUGUUAUAGGACCAGUGGGCAAGUAUUCCUCUCCAGAAGAUGGAUAUUUGUUUAGAGCCAUCGUGACCAUCAAUGGCAAUAAACAUUUGUUUUUGUUUGAGGAUUUGUGGAUGGGAAUGGAUAAUACAUGUAUUUUCGAUCCUCAGGAGAUGAAACUGGAAGAUAAUUUGGACGAAGAACUUUUGGAAAAUGAAUGGAACCAUGCAGAGAUUACAUAUGAAAAUUUGACAUCCGUCCCGAUCCUUAUAAAAAGUGGAAUCCAUGUAUUGAAACGAGAAAAUAGCAUGGGGAGGGGAGAUAUUCAAUUCACUGAUCCUUGUGGAAAAAGAAAUUUGCAUGAUCAUCACCACAACUCAGAAUCACAAAAUCCACAGUUGCUGGAGAAACAUAGAUUAAUGGACAUGGAUGGUUUUGAGACACAAUUUGUACAGAAGCAACAAGGCAUGGGUAUUUUCUCGCGCAUGUGGAAUUGGGCACUUAAUGGUUUGACAGCUGUAACUACCAGACUAUUACAGUCGGUCUAAUGACGAAAGUUUGGAAUAAUAUACAGAUUUUUAAGUUUAAA